AUCACAUCUGUGCCAACAGAUAUGGCUUCCGUGCUCCAGUCGGCAGUCCGACUGCCGUCUCCUGAACCCGGCGAUCCCCCCGUUGAAGCGUACUCUCGGAAGCGCUCACCCUCCCGAUCCCCCUCACCCCGCAGAGAUGCACCACCCGUCCGCCGCCGCUCACGCUCUCCGCCUCUCAGCGGACCCCUCCCGCGAGAUGUCGACCGCGCAAGAGCGAUGGAGCGGGCCAGACAGCUGGAAAUGCGGCAGAAAGACGAGGCCGCGACCGACAAGCCGCUCACAGAGGAAGAGAAGCAGGCAGCGGCCAAGGCGGAAUAUGAGCGACUACUCAACAUGCGAUCAGGCGGCACAUAUAUCCCACCUGCACGACUGAAGGCUCUCCAGGCGCAGAUCACCGACAAGACGUCGAAAGAGUAUCAGCGCAUGGCGUGGGAGGCGCUGAAGAAAUCCAUCAACGGACUCAUCAACAAGGUCAACGUGUCGAAUAUCAAACACAUCGUGCCCGAGCUCUUCAACGAAAACUUGAUCCGGGGCAGGGGCCUGUUCUGUCGAAGCAUCAUGAAGGCUCAGGCGGCCAGUUUGCCCUUCACACCGAUCUACGCCGCCAUGGCUGCCAUCGUCAACACCAAGCUGCCGCAAGUGGGAGAGCUGCUGGUCCACAGACUCAUCAUUCAAUUCCGCAAGGCCUUCAAACGCAACGACAAGAGCGUUUGUCACAGCAGCACGACGUUUCUCGCACAUCUCAUCAACCAGCAAGUGGCGCACGAGAUGUUGGCCGCUCAGAUCCUGCUCUUACUCCUGCACAAACCUACGGACGACAGUGUCGAGAUUGCGGUCGGUCUGAUGAAAGAGGUGGGACAGCAUAUUGAGGAGAUGAACUCUCAGAUUGCUUUGGCUGUCUACGAUCAGUUCCGGAGCAUCUUGCACGAGGCAGACAUUGACAAGCGGGUGCAGUACAUGAUUGAGGUUCUCUUUCAGAUCCGCAAAGACAAGUACAAGGACAAUCAGGCCGUCAAAGAAGAGUUGGAUUUGGUGGAGGAGGAAGAUCAGAUUACUCACCGGCCUGGCUUGGACGAUCAGUUUGGCACUGAAGACGGACUCAACAUCUUCAAGUUUGACGCGGAGUGGGAGGCGAAUGAAGAGGCGUACAAGCAACUCAAAGCCGAGAUUCUUGGAGAGGCAUCGGGCAGUGAAGAUGAGGACGAGGAUGGAUCAGAUGAGAGCAGCAGCGACGACGAGGAGGCACAGGCGGACAAGGCGUUGGAGAUCAAGGAUCAGUCAAACACCGAUCUGGUCAAUCUUCGUCGGUCCAUCUACCUCACCAUCAUGUCUUCUGGUGGAUUCGAAGAAGCUUGCCACAAGCUGAUGCGCAUCAACCUCCCGACCGGCCGAGAGGAAGAACUGCCAUCGAUGAUUAUCGAAUGCUGCAGUCAAGAACGCACCUACAACAAGUUCUUCGGCCUCAUUGGCGAGCGCUUCUGCAAGCUGAACAGGCUGUGGAAAGACCUUUUCCAGUCCAUGUUUGAGAAGUACUACGACACGAUUCACCGCUACGAAACGAAUCGUCUGCGCAUCAUUGCGCAAUUCUUCGGCCAUUUGCUUGCAUCGGACGCCAUUGCAUGGGAGGCCUUCCAUGUGAUCCAUCUCAACGAAGAAGAGACGACUUCCUCCUCUCGCAUCUUCAUCAAGAUCCUCAUCGAAGACUUGGCGCAAGGUGUAGGCAUGAAGAGCUUGACUGAGCGACUCAAAGCCGACGACCUGCAGCCCGCACUCGCAGGCAUCUUCCCUACCGACAACGCGAAGAACACACGUUUCAGCAUCAACUUCUUCACGGCGAUUGGCAUGGGUGCUUUGACAGAGGGCAUGCGAGAGUGGUUGAAGAAUAUGCCGAAACCCGCUCCGCUACCGUUGCCGGCGAACGAUGCUAGUGCGAGCGACAGAAGCCGUAGUGAAAGCGUCAGCUCGUAUUCCAGCUACUCUUCCCGGUCGGAUUCGAGGUCACGAUCUCGGUCUCCAACACCAAUCAAGAAGACUCGGGAUAGGGACGAUGAACGCCCAAGAGGACGUGUGAGGAGCGUCUCGGAGGACUCGAGAUCCCCGCCACCGCGACGAGCACGAGACAGGUCUGAAAGCUUGUCUCGAUCUCCUCCGCGCCGCAGAGCGAGAAGAGACAGCUAUGACUCCGACUCUCGCUCCCCGCCGCCACGCAAACGACGAACGUACUCCGACUCGCGCUCGCCGCCUCGUCGCAGCACGGACAAGAAACGGCCAUCGGACUCCAUCUCCCGCUCUCCGGCACCAAGGAGAGGCAGAUCUUACAUGCGAUCCGUCUCGCCUCCGCGCCGCGAUGGUAAAGCACCUGCUAGAGACCGGUCUAUAUCAGACAGUUCCCCUCCGAGACGGGCGAGGGCUCGAAGCGACAGCUACUCUUCCCGCUCGCGCUCGGACUCUCGUUCGCCCCCUCGCAAGACUGAUGCUCGCAAGGCUGAUGAGGUGGCGAGGAAGCGGAGAAGGAAUACGAGUAGCCCAGAAGUGUCGAGAUCGAGGUCCCCACCGCCGAAGAAGCGCGUCAGUCGUGGUGGAGACGAGAGCAGGGAGAAUGGAAAUGCUCCGCAAAAGGCACAGCCAAAGGAGGUGGAGAAGAAAGAUGCAGAGGAGGAUUUGAGCCAUAUCCAUCCCAGCCGUAGAGGCUUGAUGGGCAGGGGCGGAGGUGCAGCUGGCGGGAGGGCGAGAGCGAGCGACUUCAUGUGAGCGCCGUGACGACCACGCUUGGGUUCAGCGAUGAUGCAGAUAUUGAUAAGAAUGAUU